CCGGGGCGGGCCGAGCCGCCCCCGCCCCGCCCGGGCUGGCGGAGCCGCGGCGGCUGCGCACGGCGGGGCCGCCAUGAGCGAGGAGAGGCUGCGCAGGGUGCGCGACCGCGUCCGGCCCUUCCCGGACUUCCCGGAGCCCGGCGUGCUGUUCCGCGAUAUCUGCCCCUUGCUGAAGGACCCUGUGGCGUUCCGGACUCUGAUCGAUCUUCUGGAGGAACAUGUGAGGGCGUCUUUCCCUAAAAUCGACUUCAUUGUGGGCCUGGACUCCCGCGGGUUCCUGCUGGGGCCGCCCCUGGCACAGAGGUUGGGCAUCGGCUUCGUGCCCGUGCGGAAGAAGGGGAAACUCCCCGGAGCCACCGAGUGCAUCUCCUACAGCCUGGAGUACGGCAAGGGGCAUGACCACGGAGAGUGUUCCCCACUCUGGCAGCUGAACUGGAGAUCCAGAGCGAUGCAGUGGAACCAGGACAGAAGGUGGUGGUUGUGGAUGACCUGCUGGCCACUGGAGGUACCAUGUGUGCUGCCUGCGAGCUGCUGAAGAAGCUGAAGGCUGAAAUCCUCGAGUGCCUGGUGGUGGUAGAGCUAAAAGGCCUGAAAGGGUCGGAAAAGCUCAAUUCCAUCCCUUUCUACUCCCUGCUGCAGUAUGACUGAGGAGGAGCAGGGAGCACUGGGAGCACUGGGAACAAAUUUGGGGUUUUAUUUAGUGACUCUGGAUGUCACGAGGGGGUGGGCAAGGGGGUUAAACACAGCUUUUGAGCAUGGCCAGAUGCUCCUCAAUCCUAAAUUUCCCCAGCACUGUGUUGAGUGUAAUGAUCCCUUUUGGAGUUCAUCCUUUUGGGAGGAAGGAACAGGCUGAUGGGUUUGGGGGAUGGAGACCAAGAGGCAGCUUCACCCAAUCUGUGAUUUUUAGGAGACCAAAGUGACAAGAUUGCUGCUGAGGCAGGAGAGCUCUGACAGGGCACCAGCAUUCCCUGAGCUGGGCCUGUCAGCCUCCAAGGAACCUGCUAAAAAAUUCCCAAAGAAACACAGGAGAUGGGCAAAAAGCAAUUGUUUCUCUAAGGGACAAAUCCUGCUGUAUUUGACCUCAGGGGAUGGUCUGGGUGCUCUGUGCUGUCACUCACACCAGAACAAGCUCUUACAGCAGGGCUGUGCUUGCUGAGGAGAUGGAAGUGCCUGCUGUGUCCUUAAAUCAGGAUGGGGCUGGUGUGGAUGAGCUCAGUCAGUGUUUUCCUUCCCUGGAGACCACAGGCACCUCUUGUUCAGCAGGAAUUCCCCAUCUCCUGCACCACUCUCCCUUCCCUGUGCUGCUGCUUUCCCUCUUCCCCUGUUCUGGGCCAUCUGCUGCCACUUCAGAGCCUGCUCUUGGUGGGAGUUUGGUGUCACUGAGGGCACAGAGGUGCUGCAGGGGUCUCGGGUGUGGGAUGGAUGAGGGGGUUUGGAGGUGAUUCCUCCAGCACAGUUCAGUUUGGUCACAGCUAAAUCCCCACGUGCCAAAACUUCCCCAAGCCUGAGAACAUCAGGGACUGUGUCCCUGGCCCAGCAGGGACUGGACUCACGGGUAAAAUAAAUAUUGAUGUCUUUUUAUGUUUCCUGA